AUGUCCUCCGAUUACGAAAGUAACAACGCAGAAGAGGGUGCUACAUCCAGAAAGAGAACUUUAACCGAAAAAGGUCUAUCCCUUCAAGUGGAUGCAAACCGAAGAAAGUAUAAUGCAAAGAGGUCAGAUCUCUCACGACAGAGAAGAAGAGUUCUCUACUUGAAAGGAGAGUCUGAUAGUCUGACAACAUGGAAGAGAGAAUUUGGCCAUGCCCAGGUAAUUUGGGAUGAACUGAAGGAGAUUUUUGAUAGUUUGUCUACUCUGAUGACCGAUGAUGAAGAUAUUCAUAAGUUGAGUCAGCAACACGACAAGGACCACGCAGAUUGGGAUCGUUUUGAGAGUGAUGCUCGAUCAGAGAUGGAGUAUUUGCAACAAGUGGAGCAGAUACGAAUGGAAAAUUCAUCCGUCACUUCUGGUAGUUCCAGAAAAUCCAGCAGAGCCCCACAAGGGAGUAGUGUACGAUCUCAAUCAGUGUGUAGCUCAUCCUCAUCAUUAAGAGAAGACAAGUUAAACCUCCAGAAGGAAGAGGCGUUACUCAAAGCUAAAUUGGUGUUCAUGGAGGAAGAAAGACGUCUACGACUUCAGCAAUUGGAAGAAGAAAAGAAAAGAUUGGCACAAGAAAAGGAAGCAGAAAUUGUUCAGUUCAAGCAACAAGAAAAGCUACAUCAACUCCAACUGAAGAAAGAUUUAGCUGAGAAGCAAGCACAACUUGAUGUCCUCUGGAAAGCAGAAAAUGAACACAUUGUCACUUCAGAGCAUGGGCUACAAGAUGUUCCCGUGGUAGACAAGGUGAAAGAUUUUGAGAAAUUCUUCCAGUCACAAGAUUUAGUUCCCCCUCCUUCCCCUGUCAAUGCAAGUUCGUUGGUUGAUGCAGACAUAAUGAAGGAAGUUCUGUCUAUGCCUAAGUCAAACUCGGCACCAGAGCAGAUGAUGCAAGAGAAUGAUAUUCAUCAUGAAGUAAGUGCAUCAAUCUCAUUCAAUCCAGAUGCCACAUCAUUCAGUCCUAAAGUAUCACCACUAGAGAAGUGCAUCACACAGCUAACCGAGGCCAGCAUGAUCCAAAAUGAUGUCAAUAAACGGCUGAUAAUAUCCAGUCAACUUCCAAAGAUUUCUGUCCCAGUGUUCAAUGGCGACCCCCUACAAUACCCCCUGUGGAGAAAUUCAUUUAGCGCAUUGAUAGACAACCAGCCCCUGGAUGCAACCACCAAGUUGAAUUAUCUCAACCAGUACGUGAGCGGAAAACCAAAGCUAUUGGUGGAACACUACAUGCUAAUUGGUACCGAUGAAGCCUAUGUGAAAGCUAGAGAUGUAUUGGCGGAGAGAUAUGGUAAUAGCAGCGUUGUGAGCACCGCUUUUAUCAACAAGCUUCAUCAGUGGCCCAAGAUAUCCCCCAGAGAUGCUCAAGGUUUGAGACAAUUUUCUGAUUUUCUUGGUAAAGUUGAGGCAGCUCGUCCAACAACUCCGAGUCUAGGUGUACUAGACUAUGCCUGUGAGAAUAUCCUCUUGAUAGAUAAGUUACCAUACCAUCUGGAGGGCAAGUGGCGUGAUAAGAUAGAGCGUUGGAGAGCUAACCAUAGUGAAGCAAGCUACCCACCCUUUUCUGAGUUUGAUCAGUUUCUCAGAAGAGCAGCAAACAAGGCUAACAUGCCGGAGUUUGAAGGUCUAUCCAGAGGCAGAGAGAACAGCAGACCAAGUGGUCAAUACACCAGUAGCCAUACCUCAAAGAAAGGCACGAAUGCAUCCGCUCAAGCAUUUGCUACAACAACUGUUCAUGGUGACCAGUCCAGUCUUAGUCAGCGAGACGAUGCAUGCCCCCACUGCAGUAAAAGUCAUCAUCUUGAAGACUGCAAGAGUUUCAGUAGCAAGUCUUUCUUAGACAGAAAGAAUUUCUUCUUCAGAAAGCGACUAUGCAUGGGAUGUGGAGAGAGUACCCAGCAUCAAGUAAAGGAUUGUGGCAACCGCAAAACAUGCAAGGUCUGCAAUGGUAGGCAUCUGACUAGUCUGCAUCGUGACCCGAAGAAACCAUCAACUGAUAGUCCCGAGAAGGAAGUCAUCGAAGUUCAACCACGUGAUGUAGGAACAUCAAACUGCACCAGAGUAUGUGCUCAACCCAACCAAGGAGGAGAAGGUGAUCACUGCAUGAUCAUUCCAGUUAUUGUGAGGUCAGCAGAUAAUCCACAUAAAGAGUCCAAGGUGUAUGCAGUGCUCGAUGACCAGUCAAACAGCUGUUUCAUCACCAAAGUUCUGUGUGAACAGCUCGAUCUGCAGGGACCAGAGACACAACUUCUGCUGACAACAAUGCAUGAACAAAAUGCAUGCAUAACUAGCAAUCGUAUAUUUGGUUUGGAAGUACUUGAUCUUGAAAGAGAGCAUGUGGUAAAGCUACCAGUCUGCUUCAAGCGUGACAGUGUACCAGCCAAGCAUUCCCAGAUACCCAAGACAGAAGUCAUUAAUCAGUGGAGCCAUCUUAAGCAGAUUGCAGGAAAGCUAAUGCCGUACGACUCCUCUAUAGAAAUCUCCUUGCUCAUAGGGAGCAACUGCCCGAGCGUCGUUCGUCCAAGACAAAUAGUUGCUGGAGGAGAAGAUGACCCCUACGGUCAAAGGUCAUUGCUAGGAUGGGGUGUUAUCGGCAGAGUAUGCAAGUCUUCAGUGAAGAAUCAUGAGGCUUUUUGUAAUAAGACAACGACGGCUGUGACCUACCAUCACUUUGCGUAUGGCACCAAGGUAAAAGAGAUCUUCGACUCGGAGAAAGUUCUUCGUGCCCUCGAGUCUGACUUCCAAGAGAAAAGUCCAUAUAGACAGCCAUACUCCGUCGACGACCAAUCUUUCAUGAGCAUCCUUGAGAAUGGGACAACUAGAAGACAAGAUGGCCACUAUGAGAUGCCGCUCCCAUUGAAAACAUCUAACUUAUCAAUGCCAGACAACCGAAGAUUAGCAGAGAAACGGUGGCUUCAACUCCAGGCUAGAUUUAGAAAAAACCCAAAGCUCUUCACCGACUACCAAACCUUCAUGAAAGAUGUUGUCACCGAGUGUGCAGAAAGGGUUCCAAAAGAUCGCUUGGGUGUCCAUGAUGGCAGAGUUAAUUACAUCCCUCACACUGGCGUCUAUCAUCCUAAGAAACCGGAUAAGAUCCGUGUUGUCUUUGACUGUUCAGCGAGAUUUGAAGGCGUCUCCCUCAAUGACCAUUUGCUUCAAGGACCCGACUUGAUGAACCGGCUGAUUGGCGUUCUUUGUAGAUUCCGGCAGGAAGAGGUAGCCUUUAUGGUAGAUAUAAAGAGUAUGUUCCACCAGUUCUUUGUGGAAGAGAAGUAUCGUGAUCUUCUUCGUUUCUUGUGGUGGGAAGAUGGAGAUCCAAACAAAGAAGUCAUUGAUUACAGGAUGAAAGUUCAUCUUUUUGGUGCAGGUAGUUCACCUGGAUGUGCAAACUUCGGUUUGAAGAGAGCAGCCGACGAUGGAGAAGAGAAGUUUGGACCAGAAGCUGCAAACUUUAUCCGUCGAGACUUCUAUGUGGAUGAUGGUCUCAAGUCAGUUCCAAGUGUUCUUGAGGCAGUUGCCCUCAUCAAGUCCAGCCAGGCAGUAUGUGCAAGUGCAGGUCUGAAGUUACAUCGCAUCAUGUCGAACAGAAGAGAAGUGUUGGAGUCAGUGCCAGAGGAUGAGAGAGCUAAGGGCUUGAAGGAUCUUGAUCUGAAGGUCGACCCUCUACCCAUAGAACGUGUUCUUGGUGUGACGUGGUGUGUCGAGAAUGACACCUUUGGCUUCCGUAUAGAGUUGAAAGAUCGUCCCCUCACUAGGCGUGGAAUCCUUUCUACAGUGAGCUCCAUAUAUGACCCCAAUGGCUAUGUUGCCCCAGUAACCUUGAUUGGAAAACAGAUACUUCAACAGAUGUGCAAAGACCAACUAGACUGGGAUAGCCCGCUGCCAAAUGACCUCCGCCCAGUAUGGGAGAAGUGGCGUUCGGACAUCCACCUCUUGGAAAAGCUUCAUAUCAACCGUUGCUUCAAGCCAGGAAACUUUGGUCAUGUAAAGGCCAUUGAGCUCCAUCAUUUCUCAGAUGCAAGUGAGUAUGGGUAUGGACAGUGCUCAUACUUGAGACAGGUGAACGAACAGAACCGUACGCACUUAGCCUUUGUCAUCGGUAAGGCAAGAGUUACCCCUCUGAAGCAAGUGACCAUUCCCAGGUUAGAGCUGACUGCAGCGACCAUUUCUGCCAGAAUAAGUGAGUUCCUGCGAGCUGAGCUUUCAUACCAGCACAUCAAGGAAUACUUUUGGACCGACAGCAAGAUUGUACUCGGGUAUGUAAAGAAUGAAGCAAAGAGAUUUCAUAUCUACGUCGCCAAUAGAGUUCAACAGAUAAGAGAAUCUACCAACCCAGAGUCUUGGCUGUAUGUGAAUACAGUUGACAACCCAGCAGAUGAAGCAUCUCGUGGUCUGACAGCCAAGCAACUGGUAGAGAACUGUAAGUGGUUGUCAGGUCCUGACUUCCUGUGGAAAGAUGGCCCAUUCCAGUGUGAGCAGCCGGCGGAUACUUUGAAAUUAGACAGUUCUGACCCGAAUGUAAGGAGUUUGACAGUUCUAGCAACCAAAACAGAAGACACCAAACAGUUUCCGAAAGGCUUUGAGAUUUGCCGACUAGAUCGCUUCUCCAGAUGGCACCGAGCAUGCAAGGCUAUUGCUCUAUGUCUACGUCUUAGAACCAGGUUGUACAACAGAGGAGUGAAGCUACACAAGGCUAAAAGACAACCAUUGGCCCCUAUCUCUGUCAUUGAGCUUCAGAGUGCUGAGAAGUCUAUCGUCAAAAUUGUGCAGCUAGAGCACUUUGCAGAAGAGCUGCAAGUACUGCAGAAACUUAAAGUGACAGGUGAAAUUGUUGACCGUGACGUAACGAGAGAAAGAAAUAACGACAUCAAGAAAACCAGUUCUCUCUAUCGGCUAGACCCUUAUCUCGACGAGGAAGGUGUUCUUCGUGUUGGUGGCCGCAUAGAUCGAGCAAAUAUUCCAAGAGACAUCAAGCAUCCAAUCAUUUUACCACGCAAGAGUCAUGUGACUGAGUUGCUGGCAAGACGCUAUCAUGAGAAGGUGAAUCAUAUGGGAAGAGGAAUCACCCACAAUGAGAUAAGGCAGAGUGGUUAUUGGUUGAUUGGUGGUUCAUCGGCAGUGUCCAACCUAAUAUCUAAGUGUGUCACGUGCAGGAGGUUGAGAGGUUCUCUUCAGACGCAGAAGAUGUCAGAGCUACCCGAAGAUAGGCUGAAUCCUGCUCCCCCCUUUUCCUAUUGUGCAGUUGACUACUUUGGACCUUUCUAUAUCAAGGAGAAAAGGAGUGAAGUCAAGCGAUGGGGAGUUCUCUUUACAUGUAUGGCAUCACGCAGUGUACAUCUCGAGACGGUCAACUCCUUGACAGCUAGUGCCUUCAUCAAUGCCCUAAGUAGGUUCCAGAGUCGUAGAGGCCCCAUUCGUCAACUUCGUUCAGACCAAGGUACAACGUUUGUAGGUGCUCGGAAUGAGUUGAGAGAGGCUUUGGCGAAUAUGGACCAGGACCGAGUUCAAGAGUACUUGUUGGAGAACAACUGUGAGUGGAUCCAGUUCAAGAUGAAUGUUCCUCACUCCAGUCAUAUGGGCGGUGUUUGGGAGAGACAGAUAGGUACUGUUCGUAAUGUGCUUGAAACCCUACUCACCAAAUCUGGAAGUCAGCUAGAUGAUGAAGCAUUUAGAACCUUCAUGACUGAAGUAGAGUGUAUAGUCAACUCGAGGCCCCUCACUACAGAGAGUUUGUGUUCUCCAGAUGGUCCUGAACCCCUCACACCUAACCACCUUUUGACGAUGAAGCCCAAGAUUGUUCUACCUCCGCCUGGUAAGUUCCAGCAAGAAGAUUUGUAUUCCCGCAGAUGGUGGAGACGAGUCCAGUAUCUUGCCAACGAGUUCUGGCUAAGAUGGAGAAAGGAGUUUCUACAUCACCUCCAUCACCUCCAGAAGUGGGUGCGACCUGAGAAGAAUCUGCAAGUAGGUGACGUUGUUAUCUCCAAGGAGAAGGAUGAGACUCGAAACCAGUGGCCCCUGGCUCGUGUUGAAGAGACGCUUCCAAGUAUCGAUGGACGUGUUCGGAAGGUGAAGAUCCUCAUGGCGGAUGGAGCACUUGAUAACCAGGGUAAACGUCAGCACUCUCCGUCCCUCUUGGAAAGACCAGUCCACAAGUUGGUUCUACUUCUGUCAACUAAAGACUCUGAACAUCAAGGUCAGUAA